GUCGACAUCUCGAGCCAAAUCAAAGACGAAGGAGUUUGGAAGCGUUUGAUUCUGGUGGGAUCUACUUCUGUUUAGUUUUGACUUUUGAUCAUCAAAGUUAAAUUUCUUCGAUUUCACUCUUUUGAGUUUUGACCAACAUUGAUUUCAUUUCUAAUCGUAUCAUCAUCUUCCCCCUUUUCUGUCGAUUCUCAAAGUCCUCUUCUUUUUGUAGCAAGCUUUACCAAACUAGAUUACUCUGAUUUCAAAGAUAUCGAGUUAAGGAACUUCUUUCCCUCUCUCUCAUGGGCACGACUUCUGAAUUGUCUUCCAUGGUUCGACUUAACAUUGGUGGAAAGAAAUUUUGUACUACCAUUGAUACUUUGACUAACCGUGAGCCUGACUCAAUGCUCGCAGCCAUGUUUAGUGGUCGACAUGCAAUGUGCCAGGAAUCCAAAACGGGAUAUGUAUUCAUAGACAGGGAUGGAAAGCACUUCCGUCAUAUUUUGAAUUGGUUGCGUGAUGGCACUGAUCCCACUCUGUCAGAUCCUGAUUGUUCCGAACUUUUGCGUGAAGCAGACUACUAUCAGCUUCUAGGGCUGAAAGAAAGAAUAAAAGAUUCAAGAAGAGAAGUUGUUGAAGAAGCAGAAUUAACUCGUGUGGAUAUCAUCAAAUGUAUACAAUCUGAAAGAGUCAGGUUCCGAGGGGUUAAUCUUUCUGGAAUUGAUCUUUCUAAACUGGAUCUAUCUCUUGUGGACUUCAGCUAUGCUUGUCUCAGGAAUGUGUUUUUCUCUCGUACAAAUCUUCAAUGUGCCAAAUUUCGGGAUGCUGAUGCUGAGAACUCCAUCUUUCACAAUGCUAUUUUGCGCGAGUGUGAGUUUACUAGCGCAAAUCUUAGAGGAGCGUUGUUAGCUGGCACAAAUCUUCAAAGUGCUAAUUUACAAGAUGCCUGCUUAGUGGACUGUAGCUUCUGUGGUGCAGAUCUCCGCUCUGCACACUUGCAGAAUGCAGACCUUACAAAUGCCAACUUAGAAGGAGCAAAUCUAGAAGGUGCAAACUUGAAGGGUGCAAAGUUGAGUAAUGCCAACCUCAAAGGAGCAAACCUUCAACGAGCAUACUUGAGGCAUGUGAAUCUGCGAGAAGCGCACUUGGAAGGGGCAAAUCUCGGUGGUGCUAAUAUGACCGGUGCUAUCCGAUAAAUAUUCCCCUUUGUUCAGACAGAUUUGAAGAGAAGAUUCAGUCAGGAAGAUGUCUCAACCUCAACGACCGUAAAUGAUCGAGUCAAUGGUUGUUUCGUCCAGGAACAGGAAAAGACCAAAAGAGUCAUUCAUCA